GUAAAGACAAACAGACAAAUAUAGUAAAGCUGACAGACAGACAGACAGACAGACAGACAGACAGACACAGACAGGGGUGUUACCAGAGUGUGAGAGUGGGACAGAAAUACAACAGGAUGUCGCUCAGAGACAAAUGGGAGAAGAAGGCUCAGAGUGUGGCAGACCAGAUCAAACAGGAGGCCGAAUGGAAGGAGAAAAGUUCCAAAGUAGUUUCAUCAAAGUGGAAUUAUCACUGGUCACUUGUUACCACUGGAGACUUCAAGAAGUUCACCAGUGGGGCAGAUGAAGAGGAAAAAAAGAAACCGAAAAUCAAAUUCAAAGUGGUCGCACCUCCUCCCAAACCCAAACACGAGCCUGCUCCCCCCCCCGCCUCCCCCCAGGAAAACGGCUUCACCCAAACCUCUCAGGCGGAAGCGUAAAGUUGAGGUGGAUGUGUUCGGGCUGUGCUGGAAAGACUCCUGGAUGAGCCUGAAGCCUCCAAAGUAUCUGUUCCUGAAGGCCAAAGAGAGGAAAACCAAAACCCCGGGAUUCACCACCAUAGAGCUGAUUAACAGCAGGGAGUUCAAAGCGACGGUCUUGGAGUCAGAGCCAGAACACGCUGCUGCUCCUGAGGACGAUGAAUGGAGGCUCUCCUGGAAGCAGGUGAAGAGUCCUGUCCAGUUGGAGUACUCUGAGGAGAAACAAUUCCAAUGGGAGAUUUUGUUUGAAAGGAAACUGGUUUGCAAAGCUGAGAUAUUAGUUUACAUUCUUCCUGUCUGGGCUGGCACAUGGAAGUUCAUAAACUUUCCCUUCAGACAGGAGGAAAAAAAAUGGGAUUGUAUCUGGCCAAGUUACCAAGAAACCCUCAGUGACAAGAUUGACGAAGUACAACAACUAGAGGAACAGGAGGAGCCCAUAGACUGGGAGGAGUCAUGGAAAAUGUCAGAGGUAGAAAUUGAACCAAUAGACAUGACCGAAGAAGAGACCCAGACUACAAGCCCCAGCACUGAAACCACAUUGAUGACGAGGAUUCAUGACGUAUUCCGGCCUGACUGGAGCGACUCCUGGCUGCUCGGUGCAGCUCCUGUGGGGGAAGAAGAAGAAUGUCACAAGAACUGGAACUGCUGCUGGGGAUACAGUCAGCAGAUCAGGUGGUGCAGGGCUUCACUACAGUCCCAACACCGACACAGCGCCAGGCUGACCAGGAGACGUAAAGCCACAAACACCCUCCUCACAUCACAGCUGGACGAAGAGCUGACGGACAGCACAGAGUGGACAGACGCCUGGAGGAUUCCUAAGAGAUGGAUAGAACCAGAAGAGGAAGAACUGGAGGAGACGCAGGAGGAGGGGGAAGAGGAGAUCAUGGAUGAUACAGAGGAGGAGGCAGGAGAGGUGGAGGAGGAAGAAGAGGUCAAAGAAGAAGACAUAGAAGUACACAAGAAGAAGGAACACAGGGAAAUCAACAAGAAGGAGGAGGAUGAAGAGGAUAAGGAGGAAGAUGAAGGAGUAGAGGAGGAGGAGGAGGAGGAGGAGGAGGAGGAGGAGGAGGAGGAGGAGGAGGACAAGGAAAGUGAAGAAGAAGAUGAAAAGGGGGAGGAUAAAGAAGAAAACAAGGACAAGAGAACGAACGAAAAAGAAGAGGAUGAUGAUGAUGAAGAUGUGGAUGAAGAGGAUCAAUAUGAUAGCGUGGAAGAGGAUGAAGAGGAGCAGGACAAAGAACUACAGGACAGGAUGGAGGAAAAUAAAGAAGUCAUGGGCAGGGAUCAUGACAAUGAAGUGCCUAAGGAGGAGGAAGAGGAGGAAGAGGAGGAAGAGGAGGAGGGAGAACAUCAGGACAGGGACACACAAGUUGCUAAGGAUGAGGAGAAUGAGAACAUAAACCAACAUGAGGAGGAGGAGGAGGAGGAAUACAAGAUGGAUGAAGAAUGGGAGGAGAAUGAAGGAGAACAUCUGGACCAAGCUGGAGACGAGAACAAAGAGGAGGAAGACUUUGAAGAGGAGGAAGACUUUGAAGAGGAGGAGGAAGUAGAAAAGAAAGAAGCAGAUGAAGAGGAGGAUGAAAAAGAGGAGGAAGAAGAGGAAGGGUUAGAAAAAGAGCAAAAAGAACAAGAAGUUACGAAAGAGGAGGAACAGGAGGACAAAGAAAAAGGCGAGGAGGAGGAGGAGGACAUGGAGUUCCACAAACUCAACAACUCCUUCCCCUCUUGGAAGCACUCGUGGAUGGUGGCCUUCCCCCACCGAUCGGGAGAUGUGGAGGAGGAGGAGGAGGAGGAAGAUGGAGAGAUGGAAGAGCUGCAGGCUUGGAAAGAGUCGUGGAGGAUUUGUCGCUGGAAGAACCCGGAAGAGGACACGGUGGUGUGUUUCCCCACCCAGCACCGCACCCAGAGACACAGGGGACUGCAUGGAGGGAAGGGGGGGCCCAGCAGAGAGUGGGCUCUGAGCUGGAAGAUGGCCGACACUGCAGACCAGGAUGUAGUCACUGAGGAGGAGGAAGAGGAAGAAGAGGAGGAAAGUUGA